UUCCAGAAGCUAGCGGACUAGCGCGUGCCAUGCACUCAGAAGUCACGUUAAUCGUUGAGGAAGUUUAAAAAAAAAUGUUCGUGUUUGCGUCAGAAACGCACUUUACAAUCGCGCUCGGUUUGUUCUCAUGCGGUGAAAUGAACUCUGAGGUGUCGCUUGAGUACGAAGUGUCAAGUGAAUGAAUUAAAGUGAACGUUUUGUUUAUGUUCGCUACACAUCACGUUAGCCACCGCGCUAGCAACUUCUUUGUGAACAAGCGUCCAUCCAGCGGCCACGCCCCUCCUCCCCUCACACACAGCGUACGUAAGCUGUAACUGUCCUCCAUCUGGAUUCUGAUUGGCUGGGCGAAAUUUGUUACGGCACAUCUCUUCACGAAUAUGCAAAUUACAGCAGCGUCAAGUUAGUGUGAGUGUGUGCGCUAACAAACAGCGAGCUAGGCGAGUUAGACUGAGAGCGCAAAGAUACAACGAGAGAACAGCAAAACAAAUAAGAGAAAGAGAAAAAGAAAGAAGAGGGCGGAAGAGAAAGAGAAAUAGAGAGAGAUAUCCCUUUCUCACGCUCUCUCUCUGUGUGUGUGUAUCCAGGAAGGGGAAAAUAGGUGGUUUCCGCCAUGAUUGUGUGUUUGUAGGACGGGCGAUGAAAGCGAGUCGCCAUGGCGCUGUCUCUGAGUGCAGACGAUGAGGAUUACGACUCGGACACAGCCGAACAGCAAAGGCCAGCUAACAGGCCCAAACCCAAGAUGGCGUCUACGCCCACAGCGUCCACGCCCACCACAUCAACAUCCUCGUCAUCAGCGGGGGGUGUGGUGAAGCUGCCAUCCAAUCGGAGCUCAUCGGGGGCGCGGCGCAGACGCACACGCUGCAGGAAGUGUGAGGCGUGUGUGAGGAGCGAGUGUGGAGAGUGUCACUUCUGUAAGGACAUGAAGAAGUUUGGGGGACCAGGACGCAUGAAACAGUCUUGCAUCAUGAGGCAGUGUAUUGCUCCCGUUCUGCCCCACACAGCAGUGUGUGUGGUAUGUGGGGAAGCCGGUAAAGAGGACACACUGGAUGACGAGGAGGAAAAAUUUAAUGCCAUGCUAAUGGAGUGCUCCAUUUGCAAUGAGAUCGUCCACCCUAACUGCCUAAAGGUGAAGGAUGCAGCAGGGGUAGUGAACGAUGAGCUCCCGAACUGCUGGGAGUGUCCCAAAUGUAACUACGCUGGGAAGACUGGGAAAGUGAGUUUCAGAAGAGCGAUCAGUGUGAUGCAAAAACGAGGCCCAGGAUUUAAGUACGCGUCCAACCUGCCGGGCUCGCUGCUGCGGGAACAGAAAUCCACACGGGACAGCAAGGACGAGGGCGAGCGCAGGAGGGCCGAGAGGGACGAUGCCCCCAGGAUGGCCUGUGAGGACACGCCCACGCUGCUGAUGCCCAGAGAUGUGCCCCGCCCCCGACCCGACAUGCCCAACUUCCUCAGGAAGAAGAAGAAACUGUUUGAUGACGAUGACGAGGAAGAGGAUGCGAGUGCAAAGAAGAAGCUGAAGAAACCGUGGAAGCCGGAGGAGUCGUUGCUGCCAAAGAUGUCCUCGAUGAAGAUGGAGGAAGAGGAGCAGUCGGAGGCAGAGGAGGAGAAAGAGGAGGAGAACAAACAGCCUUCUCGUGGCACAAACAGGAAAGAUUUGGUGUCUGUGAGGAAACAGGAAGAGGAGAGGGACGAGGACGAGGACGACACACACAAGUUUGUGAAGGAGGAGGAGGAGGAGGAGGAUGAAGGCAGCGAGCUGCAGGAGCGAGUGCAGAGAGCACAGCGGGCAAAACGAGCGCAGCGCAGGAGGACGGGACGAAACGAUCACUCACUCGCUAACGAGAACAUGCAGCCUGACGACAGUGAGAACGACGAGAACGAUAAGAAGAACAUCCGGAACGGGGAGAACGGAGAGAGGGCACACCUGCGGGCACGCGAGAUGAACGGUGCAUCAUGGGAGUUGCGUCAUUUUUACCCAUCUCAGAUCGUACCAUUGGGUCUGAACCGUAUCCCCCCGCCCAUCCGGCCGCCGCCCCCCCGCUCACCACCCAAAUGUGUUCAGAUGGAGCGUCACGUGAUCCGCCCUCCCCCCAUCUGCCCUCCUCCUGAUAGGCUGCCGCUGACUGAUGGGCGGAGCCACGUGGUGCAGCGUGAAGCCUGGUUGUCCAUUUUCAGUCACCUGAGCCACCGUGAGCUGUGUGUGUGCAUGCGGGUGUGUCGCACCUGGAACCGCUGGUGUUGUGAUAAGCGUCUGUGGACGAAGAUCAACGUGAGCCGCUGUAAGUCCAUCACCCCUCUGAUGCUGAGUGGAAUAAUCCGGAGACAGCCGAUCAUGCUGGACCUCAGCUGGACCAACAUCUCCAAGAAGCAGCUGAGUUGGCUCAUCAACAGGCUGCCUGGUCUGCGUGUGUUGGUGCUGUCCGGUUGUUCCUGGGCGGCGGUCUCUGCUCUCUGUACGUCCAGCUGUCCUCUCCUGCGCUCUCUGGACCUGCAGUGGGUGGAAGGGCUGAGAGAUACACAGAUUAAAGACCUGCUGUCUCCACCUACAGACAACAGGCCAGGUCAGAUGGACACUCGGAGUAAGCUGCGGAACGUUCUGGAUCUGCGUCUCUCGGGGUUGGACAUCACAGACGUGUCUCUGCGUCUCAUCAUCAAAAACAUGCCGCUAUUAAAACAUCUGGAUCUGAGUUACUGUAACCACGUCAACGACCAGAGCGUCAACCUGCUGACCGCUGCCGGAACCACCACCCGCGACUCUCUCACUGACAUCAACCUGUCAGUGUGUAACAGGAUAACGGAUCAGUCCCUGAGCUACUUUAAGCGCUGUGCGAGUAUCUGCCGUAUCGACCUGCGCUUCUGUAAGCAGGUGAGCAGGCAGGCGUGUGAACGCUUCAUCGCCGAGAUGUCGGUCAGCGUCUCCUUCGGCCUGAAGGAGGAGAAACUGCUGCAGAAGCUCAGCUAACACACACACACACACACACACACAGUGAACAUGCUCACACAGGACAUUAAAGCAUGUUUUGUAUAAUAAAAUAUGUAUUUAAAUAAAGACGCAGGAAUGGAGGACACACACACACACUCAUCGUGUUGCUAUUGGAGACAUAAAUGCGAUGUAGCUGCUCAUGGUGUGUGUUAUUUUGGUUUAAUAUCAUUUUUUAUCUCUAUAUAAUGGAUUUUUUAUGUUUGUCGUCUCCGUGUUAGACGUGUGCCGUCCCACUUCCAUAUUGCCAUGGUUACAAUAUUUAAUCAUGAAAAUACAUCUCACUUCAGUUGUCUCAUUCAAAGGGGUGGGGCUUAAAUUAAAUUUGAUCAAAUCACAUGACCUCACCACUCACCUUUGUUUCUGUGAUCCGUUACGAUGAACUGAUCCAGCUGAAGCUAAGCUCCGCCCUUCUUGACUACAGACACGACUCGGGACAUCUUUAAGAAGCUCACUCGUCUAAAAUAAAGCGCUGAACAGAACAUGUUCUGCGUUCCAGGGCGAGUGAUUCUGAAGCGUGCACCCUGACGGUAUCGUGAGAGAAUCGCAGCGUGUCGGGAUCGGCGCGGGUCUACGGCUCGUCGUUCAGACGCAGGGGUUCGGUUCACGUGCUCAUCGCGGCUUUGUGGAAAACGUACGGUUUGUUUUUCGAGUCAGUGCCAUACUUCCAUGUUUCAUACCUCAUGUUUCUCUUGUAGAAUUAAAUCAAAUGGAAGCUAUAAACCACCUUAUUUAUACGUUUGGGUGAACUGAAUGAAUUUGAGUUUCAUUUUCUAUUAAUACGUAAAGGAAAUGUACAGAAUGUUUGUGAGCGACUGCGUUGGGGAUGUUGGUGUGUUUUCGUUGCACCGUCCUGCAUUGUUCCUCCAUCACUGUAUUAAAGACUCGUUAUUAUAACGAGCAUUCUUCACCAACUUAAACACUUCUGUGUAAAUUUGGCUAUUUAUAUUUGUACGCAGUAAUAAAAGAAAACAAAAUGC